AUGGGUAUCCAACUUGGUGAUCGAACAACACAGGCUGGAUCUUCGGUCACUAUCAAUCCGUUGAUCAAGGAAUUUGGACAUCUUCAAGUCAUCGAUGACUUGAUUCGUCUACGAGCUGCGGAUAAUGUUCAAUGUCCUAUUCUCGCCUAUCCUCGCUUCGACAAUGAGGCCGGUUCCUAUGCCCACUACACCGGGCAAGAAUUGGAUGAGAUGAUCAACCAAGCUGUCAUAAUGCUCAUGGAUGAUGGUUUCAAACAGGUUGGUGUGGAGAUAGAUUGCUCAAUUCUCAGUAUUCUAACUGUUGAUAUUCAGCCAACACGAAAUGAAUCCAUCGUGGCACUCCUCACGUUAUCGGAUCUGGACAUGGUUGUCACCUUCUUCGCACUGAGUCGUCUGGGAUAUACCGUCAUGAUGCUUUCCCCACGACUGUCAAGCGAAGCCUGUGUAUCAUUGUUGGAAACAGUCAACUGUGAGACGAUCAUAUACGGCAAAUCCCCAAGUAUCCGCGCAAAAUUGGGCGAGAUUAUACGCCAUAAGAUAGUGAGCUGCCGCCCAAUGCUUCCAUACUCUCUAUAUAACACAGCAGAGUCAUCAUUUCUGGUUCUACGCCGAAAUCGAAAUCCAGAAAAGGUCGCUUUGAUUCUUCACUCUUCGGGAUCGACGGGGACUCCAAAACCGCUCUUCCUCACACACAAAGCCCUCAUGACCCACCCGCUCAGAGGUCCUGGGCUGACCUGUUUUAAUCCUCUGCCUUGGUAUCACCUUCACGGGCUCUCAACCGCAUUGCAGGCAAUGUGGAUGAGAAAGACAGCGUACAUGUGGAACGCUGCAUUACCUCUGACGGCAGGCUAUGUCGUUUCAGCCCUGGAAGAAGCCAAGCCAGAGUCUGUAGCUGCGGUUCCAUAUAUGCUGCAGGUCUUGGUUGAUGAUCCCCGCGGUAUCGCAGCGCUUCGGGCAUGCAAGUUAGUUACAUAUGGAGGUGCACCGUGUCCCGACGGGCUAGGCGAUCGUCUGGUCAGUGAAGGGGUACACUUUGGAGGUUCUUUCGGCCUUACUGAGGCUGGCCUUGUUGCCGAAUCGAUCUCGCGCCCCAAAGGCGACCCUUACUGGAACUACUUGAAAUUCUUCGAUAAUAUCCGCCCAUAUGUCUGGAUGAAGCCAAUCGACAAGUCAGAAUCACUCUUUGAGUGCGUCUAUCUUGCUGGCCAUCCCGCCCUAACAGCCUCAAAUUCAAGUGAUCCACCAGGCUCGUUUUAUUCCAAGGAUGUAUUCUCUGCUCAUCCGACAAUUCCAGGAAGAUGGAAGUAUAUGUCAAGACUGGAUGAUCGCAUCAAUCUCGUGAAUGGUGAAAAAGUCCUACCACUUCCUAUUGAAGGCCACAUCAAACAGCACCCUUUCAUUCACGACGCAGUUGUUGUCGGGGUGGAAAGAGCUGCUCCUGGACUAUUGGUUUUGAAAGCCGAUGACUGCAAAUCCGAAAAUCUCACAGAAGACCAAUUCCUCGACACAAUUUGGCCGACAAUCCAAGAAGCAAAUUCUCAUGCAGAGGCUUUCUCUCAAAUCUCCCGCAAUCUUGUUGCUAUUUUGCCGCAUGAGGCCAAGUUUCCUCGAACAGACAAAGGGUCUAUGAUCCGCGCGCAAGUCUAUGAAGAGUACACAGAGCUUAUCGAAAGCCUUUAUUCCAAAGAAGUGCAAAUCGUCGGAAAUAUCCAGCUCGGUAUUGCUGAGACAGAGGCCGUUCUUCUUCAGCUUGCGCAGCAAGAACUUGGAAUACACCUCUCUAGUGUUGAGUCGAAUUUCUUUGCUGAGGGUGUUGACAGUCUCAAGGCAAUUCACUUCCGGCGUCUCAUUCUCGAGCGUUUCAAGUUUGAGCCCAGCCAGACUCCAGGUAGGAAUGCCAUCUUUGAAUCUGGUUGUCUAUCCCAAUUAGCUCGUCAUAUCUGUGCUUUGCAAAAGGGGGAAGUUUUGGAAACUUCGGACGAUGAUACCACUGUGAUGACGAACUUGAUUGAGCGGUAUUCCGUCUUUGGGAGACAUAUACCCCAGCCCCAUUCAUUUUCCGAUCAUAAGAGUGUGUUAUUGACAGGAGCGACUGGGUCAAUCGGAGCUCAUAUCUUGUACGAGCUGCUCAACGACAACUCCAUCUCCACAGUAUAUUGCCUCACACGACGAGAAUCUCCACGGGAAGCAGUCCUUCGUAGUCUCGCCGUCAAAGAGCUCCCCAUAUCUCCCGAACAGCAGACCAAGAUUGUUGCCUUCAACUCCAGCAUCGACCAGCCAGACUUUGAUCUAGCGCUAGACGAACCCACGAUCCAGGAAAUGCUCGAUUCAGUCUCCCUAAUCAUCCACACUGCAUGGCCCGUCAACUUCAAUCUCCCCCUAUCUGAGUUCGAGCCCCACAUCCAAGGACUCUACAAUCUGAUACAGUUCUCUCUAUCCGUCCAGCGACGCGAACCAGCCGUCCUGAUGUUCUGCUCUUCAGUCUCCACGGCACUCGGCUCUUCGUCAUCGUUGAUCCCCGAGGGGCCAGUCACCCUGGAUUCUGCCUACAUGGGCUACGGCCAAUCCAAGUUAAUCGGGGAGCAUAUUGUAAGCAACGCACGACGAAGCGGAGCAAGGGCGUAUUCUCUUCGUAUCGGUCAGGUCUCUGGCCAUUCAAAGAAAGGUCUCUGGAAUGACUCCGAGGCACUCCCGUUGAUGAUUCGCUCGGCUCUGACCCUCAAAGCUCUGCCUGAGUUAUCACAAACAUGCUCUUGGCUGCCCGUGGACAAGCUCGCGUCUACGAUUCUCGAAUUGGCCAAGACGUGCGCUACUCCCUGUAAGUCGGGGGGAGGGCUGUGCUUCGAGCUCGGCGGUAGUGAAGUACGUCGAUGA